AUGCUGCGCCAAGCCCUCUGUCAGAGCAGCCCACACUGCUGGAAGUCAGAGUCCACAAUGCAGUGGUUCUUCUGGCAUGUGCUAGUGAAGAUGAGCCUGGCAUUUCUGUGUCUCUUUCUGGUUUGCAACACAGCUUCCUCCAUAAGAAGAGAAAAUAAGAAAGAGAAGCAAGUGGCGGUGCUGGCUACUGCAGAGCUGCCUGCAAAGUCCGUGGAUCUGUCUGCUCUUAACCUGACAGAGCUGGUGAAUGGCAUGCUGACCGCAGCGCUCAGAGGUACCAAAAAACUCUUCUCUUUGCUGAGUGUCACGUCUUACAGCUCAUUUGCCUUCCACAAAGUGUCAGUCACCAUUUAUAACAUUUCUAACAUGAAAAAUGUUGACCCUGGCAAGUUCCCUAUGCAUUACUGCUACUGUUUGAACAAUGUGACAAAUGACUUGACAGAUUUUACAGCUUUACUUGUUGAUAUCAUUGGAAAUUCCACCAGUUAUCUCACAGAAAUUUUCAAAUCCACUUCAAUUCUCUCAGUGCGUCAGAGCAAUGAUUCAGAUUGUAUCUACAUCUGUGUGAUGACAGGGCAGACAGGGACAAAUCUGUCCAAAUUUUGGGAAAUACUGGAGAAGUCUCCCAUUAUUAAUUACACAUUUUCCAGUAACACAUCUUCUGAUCUAGAUUCGAUUUUUUCCAGUUUCACGAAAUUACAGGAAGACUCAAACAAAACGGUGGAUGCAUUAGCGGAACACAUGUGGACAUUUCAAACUACCAGGAUCCCUCUUGCCCAGGGAGGGGAGAAAAUCCCCAUCACGAGGUUCCCACCAUGGCCAAUGACGGUUGAAGCAAAAGGAUCAGGGUUUCCAUCACCACACGUGGAUGUUUCCAGACCCCAAGGCACGGCCGGACCCCCUCUGACUGCUGGGGGGAGCUGGGUCCCACCCCCAGCCCUGCAGCCCAGCCCCACUGACCUAUAUGCACCUUGGAUGCAGACGGUGUCUCCUCAACAAACCAGCAAACUCAUGCAAACAGAGCCAGAUUUGCCUCCCUCAGUACUCUCUACACCACCCUACAGGCCUGGUGCGACACUGAAACUUUACUCAGCUACCAAGUGUCCACAGGCGAUCCUCAGAGAGUCCCGUGUGACCUCACCUCCUGUCACUCUUAUAGCGCAAAAGAUCAAUCCCUGUGUGAUGGAGCUGUGCAGGUUUUUUCAGCUGUGCCUCUGUGUUGGUCAGAGGAGAUAUUCCAGAAAGGAAGCCCUGAGGUACUGUGUCGAAUACUAUUCCUGGUUCUUGAAAAAUGCAAGUUAUGUCUGUAAAAGAGCCAAAAGAGUUGCUUACUCCCACACACUAAAACAAAAAUGUCUUAAAAAUAUCUGUACGUCGGUCUAGAGCACUGAGGAAUUUUACUGCAAAUUGGAAGAUUGGUGGCGGUUUUAGUUGUCUUUCUCCCGUCUCAGUGUAAAAAUCAGGAUGCAACAUGUUAUUUGCAAAUAUUUGUAACAAGACAAGCUAUUAAACAGAUGUUAACGUAGA